AUGGCGACGCCGUUGGCGGUAAAUUCGGCGGCCAGCCUCUGGGGACCUUAUAAAGACAUUUGGCAGACGGUGGGAAAUGCUCUUUGGAAGAGGCAGCCUGAAGCUGUUCACCUGCUUGACAUGAUUUUGAAGAAACAUAGACCGGACUUCAUCUCAUUAUUCAAAAACCCACCAAAAAAUGUUCAACAGCAUGAGAAGGUCCAGAAAGCAAGCACGGAGGGCGUGGCCAUCCAAGGCCAGCAGGGCAUGCGCCUUCUUCCGGAGCAGCUCAUUAAAGAAGCCUUUAUCCUCAGUGACCUGUUUGAUAUUGGGGAGCUGGCCGCUGUGGAGCUUCUCCUCGCUGGAGAGCACCAGCAGCCACAUUUCCCUGGUCUCACCCGUGGAUUAGUAGCUGUUCUUCUCUACUGGGACGGGAAGCGGUGCAUUGCAAACUCCCUGAAAACCUUGAUACAGUCGAGACGAGGGAAGACGUGGACCCUCGACCUCAGUCCAGAGCUGGUUUCCAUGGCAACACGUUUUACAGAUGAGCUGAUGGAGCAAGGAUUGACUUACAAAGUACUAACCCUGGUGUCACAGAUUGAUGUCCACAACGAGUUUGAGAAACUUCAGCGCGAGAGAGGCUUGGGCAGUGAGAAGCACCGCAAAGAGGUCUCGGAUCUCAUCAAGGAAUGCAGGCAGUCCCUGGCCGAAAGCCUUUUUGCCUGGGCUUGCCAGUCACCUCUAGGCAAAGAUGACACGCUGCUCCUCAUUGGCCACCUGGAACGAGUGUCUGUGGAAGCUAAUGGCUCGUUGGACGCGGUGAACCUGGCUCUUCUCAUGGCUCUCCUGUACUGCUUCGAUACCAGUUUUAUAGAGCAGAGCAGCGAGGAAAGAGAUGACAUGCUCCUUCAGCUGCCGCUCCUGACGGACAGACAGUACAUCGCAGCGAUUCAUUCUCGUCUGCAAGACUCACAGCUGUGGAAGCUGCCCGGCCUGCAGGCCACCGUGAGGCUCGCCUGGGCGCUGGCCCUCAGGGGCAUCUCCCAGCUGCCCGAUGUGACAGCGCUGGCCGAGUUCACGGAAGCAGACGAGGCCAUGGCGGAGCUUGCCAUCUCUGACGGUGUUUUCCUGUUCCUCACGGAGUCUGUGGUCGCCUCGGAGAGCUUCUUCCAGGAGGAGUUUUAUAUCCGGAGAAUGCACAAUCUCAUCACAGAUUUCCUCGCACUGAUGCCGAUGAAGGUGAAGCAGUUGCGGAACCGGGCCGAUGAAGAUGCUCGAAUGAUUCACAUGAGUGUGCAGAUGGGCAAUGAGCCUCCUGUCUCCCUUCGCCGGGAUCUCGAACACUUGAUGCUCCUGAUUGGUGAGCUGUAUAAAAAGAACUCCUUCAACUUGGAGCUGGCCCUGGAGUACUGGUGCCCCUCCGAGCCGCUUCAGACCUCCACCAUCCUGGGCUCCUACCUCGGGGUGGCCCAUCAGCGGCCCCCACAGCGCCAGGUUGUCUUAUCAAAGUUCGUUAGGCAGAUGGGUGACCUGUUGCCUCCAACCAUUUAUAUUCCUUAUCUGAAGAUGCUCCGGGGGCUGGCCAGCGGGCCCCAGUGCGCCCACUACUGUUUCAGCCUACUCAAGGUCAACGGUGGCAGUCAUGUUGAGAACAUUCAGGGGGCUGGGGGCAGCCCGGUGUCCUGGGAGCACUUCUUUCACUCUCUGAUGCUCUACCAUGAGCACCUCCGCAAGGACCUCCCCAGCGCCGACAGCGUGCAGUACCGUCACCUGCCUUCCCGCGGCAUCACCCAGAAGGAGCAGGACGGCCUGAUCGCCUUCUUACAGCUCACGGGCACCAUCAUCACGUGGAGUGAGAACGCCCGCCUGGCUCUGUGUGAGCACCCCCAGUGGAUCCCGGUGGUGGUGAUCCUGGGGCUCCUGCAGUGCAGCAUCCCGCCCGUCCUCAAGGCCGAACUGCUCAAGACGCUCACCGCCUUCGGGAAGUCGCCGGAAAUCGCCGCUUCCCUCUGGCAGUCGCUGGAAUACACUCAGAUACUGCAGACGGUGAGGAUGCCAAGUCAGAGGCAAGCUGUCGGCAUCGAGGUUGAACUGAACGAAAUAGAGUCUCGGAGUGAAGAAUACCCGUUGACGAGGGCGUUCUGUCAGCUGAUCAGCACCCUGGUGGAGAGCUCUUGUCCGUCGAACUUGGGCGCUGGGCUGCGGCCUCCAGGCUUUGACCCUUACCUGCAGUUCCUCAGAGACUCCGUGUUCCUCCGAUUCCGCACCAGAGCUUACCGGAGAGCGGCUGAGAAGUGGGAAGUGGCCGAGGUGGUGUUGGAGGUGUUCUACAAACUGCUCCGAGACUAUGAGCCUCAGCUGGAAGACUUUGUAGACCAGUUUGUGGAACUGCAAGGGGAAGAAAUCAUUGCCUACAAGCCCCCUGGCUUUAGUCUGAUGUAUCAUCUUCUGAACGAGUCCCCAAUGCUGGAGCUGAUGCUGAGUUUACUGGAGGAAGGCGUGAAGCAGCUGGACACCUACGCCCCCUUUCCUGGGAAGAAACAUUUGGAGAAAGCAGUCCAGCAUUGCCUGGCACUUCUCAAUCUCACGCUGCAAAAGGAGAAUCUCUUCAUGGACUUUCUGAGAGAGAGCCAGCUGGCCCUGAUCGUGUCUCCUUUGGAGCAGCUGCUACAGGGGAUCAAUCCCAGGACCAAGAAAGCAGACAAUGUGGUGAACAUUGCCCGGUACCUGUAUCACGGCAACACGAACCCCGAGCUGGCUUUUGAAAGCGCCAAGAUCCUCUGCUGUAUCUCCUGCAACUCCAACAUUCAGCUGAAGCUGGUUGGCGACUUCACGCAUGACCAGAGUGUCAGUCAGAAGCUGAUGGCUGGAUUUGUGGAGUGUUUAGAUAGUGAAGACGCGGAGGAUUUCGUGCACCUCGAUGAGGGAUCUGAAGUUGACCAGAAAUUAGCUAUAAUCCGUCAUGAAACGAGGAUCCACAUCUUGAACCUUCUCAUCACUUCCCUGGAGCGCAAUCCUCCCAACCUGGCCCUCUACCUGCUGGGCUUUGAGUUAAAGAAACCGGUCAGCACCACAAACCUGCAGGACCCAGGAGUGCUAGGCUGCCCCCGGACGUGCCUUCAUGCAAUCUUAAACAUCCUGGAGAAGGGAACCGAAGCGAGAACUGGUCCAGUGGUCGUGAGGGAGUCCCCGCAGCUUGCCGAGCUGUGUUACCAGGUGAUCUACCAGUUGUGUGCAUGCUCCGACACGUCUGGCCCCACCAUGCGCUACCUGAGGACCAGCCAGGAUUUCUUGUUUUCACAGCUGCAGCACCUGCCUUUCCCUAACCAAGCACAUGAAAUAUCUCGGCUGAACCAAAUGUCUUGGCUCAUGAAGACAGCCUCCAUUGAGCUGCGGGUGACGUCACUGAACCGCCAGCGGUCGCACACCCAGAGACUCCUGCACUUACUGCUGGACGACAUGCCCGUGAAGCCCUACUCAGAUGGUGAAGGAGGAAUGGAAGAUGAAAAUUGGUCUGUCUCUGGCUUCCUUCACUUUGACACCGCUACGAAAGUCCGCCGGAAAAUUCUGAGUAUUCUCGACUCCAUCGACUUCAGUCAGGAGAUCCCUGAGCCUUUGCAGCUGGAUUUCUUUGACCGGGCCCAGAUCGAACAAGUGAUCGCCAACUGUGAACAUAAGAACUUGCGGGGACAGACCGUCUGCAACGUGAAGCUGCUUCACCGGGUCCUUGUGGCCGAAGUGAAUGCCCUCCAGGGAAUGGCGGCCAUUGGACAGAGGCCUCUGCUGAUGGAGGAGAUCAGCACCAUCCUCCAGUACGUGGUGGAACGCAACAAGCUGCUGCAGUGUCUGCAUGCCAAGUGGCACGUGCUCGAGUCGUGGCGGCAGCUGGUGGAGAUCAUCCUGACCGCCUGUCCCCAGGACCUCAUCCAGACAGAGGACCGGCAGCUGAUCAUCCGAGACAUCCUUCAGGACUUGCAUGACAAGAUACUGGAUGAUGAAGCCGCCCAGGAGGUGAUGCCCGUGGUGGCAGGUGCUGUGUUCACCCUGACGGCACACCUGAGCCAGGCCGUGCGCACAGAGCAGAGGCAGCCGCUGGUGCUGGGACCCUCCAGAUUCCCCAGUGCUUUCAUGCCGGAUGGGCCUCUGGGCGCACCGUCUUUUGCAGAGAGCUCCACGGUGGGCUUUGCUUCCAUCGGGGAUUCUUCACUUCACAUCAUACUCAAGAAACUCUUGGACUUCAUUUUAAAGACAGGUGGUGGGUUCCAGCGUGUGAGGACUCACCUGUACGGCUCCCUGCUUUACUACCUGCAGAUUGCCCAGAGGCCGGAUGAACCAGACACCUUAGAAGCAGCCCAGGAGACCAUGUGGGAGAGGCUGACGGCCCCCGAGGACGUGUUCAGCAAGCUGCAGCGGGAGAACAUCGCCAUCAUUGAGAGCUACGGCGCGGCGCUCAUGGAAGUGGUGUGCCGGGAUGCCUGCGACGGCCACGAGAUCGGACGGAUGCUGGCCCUGGCUCUCCUGGACCGCAUCAUCUCUGUGGACAAGCAGCAACAGUGGCUGCUGUACCUCUCCAACAGUGGCUAUCUGAAGGUGCUCGUGGACAGCCUGAUGGAAGAUGACCACACGCUGCAGAGCCUGCUCACCCCACAGCCUCCCCUGCUAAAAGCCCUUUACACUUAUGAAUCCAAAAUGGCGUUCCUCACCCGAGUGGCCAAGAUUCAGCAGGGCGCUCUGGAGCUGCUGAGGACUGGCGUGAUUGUGCGGCUUGCCCAGUGCCAGGUUUACGACAUGCGUCCAGAAACGGACCACCCGAGAAUGUUUGGCAUGAGAGACCCCCCGAUGUUCAUCCCCACCCCAGCGGACCGGUAUCAGCAGAUCCUCCUUCCCGCCCUCCAGCUGUGCCAGGUCAUCCUGACGUCGAGCAUGGCCCAGCACCUGCAGGCAGCUGGCCAGGUGCUGCAGUUCCUCAUUUCGCAUUCGGACACCAUCCAGGCAAUCCUGCGCUGUCAGGACGUGAGUGCCGGCUCUUUGCAGGAGCUGGCUCUGCUCACCGGGAUCAUCAGCAAAGCAGCCCUGCCUGGUAUCUUAAGGGAACUUGACGUUGAUGUGAAUGAAGGGUCUCUAAUGGAGCUGCAGGGACAUAUUGGACGAUUCCAGCGUCAGUGCCUGGGGCUGCUCAGUCGCUUUGGCGGCUCCGACAGACUGCGCCAGUUUAAAUUUCAAGAUGAAAAUGUGGACGGUGACCGUGUGAGCAAGAAGGAUGAACUUGAACUGUCUAUGAAACAGAUCUGUGCCAAUGUCGUCGAGUACUGCCAGGCCCUCAUCCUGCAGGGCUCGCCCACCUUCCAGCAUACCGUGUGCCUCUUCACCCCCAGCCUCUCCGAGACCAUCAACUGGGACGGGCCGCGCCAAGACUCCCAGGUUCCGGUGGUCCCGCACUGGCGGCUCCCAGGCUUGGGCAUCGUUGUCUACCUGCUGAAGCAGAGCGCCAGGGAUUUCCUCAGCUACUACGACAGCCAUCGGCGCAGCGUCAGCAAGCUGCAGAGCGUGGAGCAGCUGCCCCCAGACGAGAUCAAAGAGUUGUGCCAGUCUGCGAUGCCUGCUGGAGUUGAUAAAAUCUCCACUGCCCAGAAAUAUGUUCUAGCCAGACGGUGUUUGGUGAAGUUGAUCAACAACCGCGCAAAACUCCUUUCUCUGUGUUCCUUCAUCAUAGAGACUUGCCUGUUCAUUUUGUGGCGCCACCUGGAGUACUACCUGCUGCAUUGCACGCCCACCGACUCCCAGGACACCCUGUUUGCCUCCAGGACCUUGGUGAGAAGCAGACGGCUACAGGAUCCCUUUGCCUCAGACAGUGGCCUGGAUUUCAGAAGUGGGAUGACUGUUGUGAGCCAACACGAUAUAGACCAGCUUCAAGCUGAUGCCGUCCAUGCAUUUGGAGAAUCACUACAGAAGAAACUUCUGGACAUUGAAGGACUGUAUUCAAAGGUGCGGUCUCACUACAGUUUUAUCCAAGCCCUGGUCAGACGGAUCCACGGCCUGCUGAGGGGAGCACGGAGCUGA